AUGAAACACUUGACUUUUUCUACGGCCUUAGUUUUCCUCUCUGUCAUUCAUACUGCUUUUCAGACACUCGACAAUGAAGUAUUUUUAAUAUACAAUGAGGAUACCAAGCUCUGUUUAAUUGCUCAGAGUUCUCAUGCAGUCACAACAGCUGCUUGCAAGAAAAACACCGAGUUACAAAAAUUCAGGUGGGUGUCUGAUCACCAGGUGAUGAGCGUGGCAUUUGCACAAUGUUUGGGAGUGCCCUACAAGCAAAACCAAGCCAAAAUUUCUUUGUACCCCUGUAACAAGAAAAGUGAAUUCCAGAAAUGGGAGUGCAGAAACGCAACCUUGGCAAUCCAAGGGGAAGAUUUAUUUCUCAGUGCUGGCAAAAGAAAAGAAGACAAUAUCGUGCUGAACACAGGAUCAGCAGUGAUGAAUAAGUGGAAGAUCUACGAAACCAUGGGUGACUUGUGUUCUCAAGGCCAUGAAGAUCUGUUUACACUGUUAGGAAACGCCAACGGAGCUCCGUGCGCCUUCCCCUUCCAGCUGAGCGGUAACUGGUACGCAGGGUGCACGACUGCUGGCAGGUCAGACGGCUUGCUCUGGUGUGCAACCACUCCUGACUUCGACGCCGACCAUCUGUAUGGGUUCUGUCCAACUGGCAACGAUGACAGAUUUUGGAAUACAGAUCCUUUGACAGGAACCUACUACCAGAUGAACUACCAGUCAGCUCUCACGUGGCACGAAGCAAGAAAAAGCUGCCGGCAGCAGAAUGCGGAAUUAUUAAGUGUCACAGAGAUACAUGAACAAAUGUAUCUAAGAGAUUUGAUUGACAGCAAGAGAUCCUCUCUCUGGAUUGGUCUUAACAGCCUGAAUCUCAACAGUGGCUGGCAGUGGAGCGGUGGCAUUCCCUUCAGAUACUUGAACUGGGCACCAGGAAGUCCUGAGCCUGAGCCUGAGAAACUCUGUGCAGUACUAAAUCCCAGAAGAGAUGCUAAAUGGGAAAACCAGCCAUGUGAGCUGCAAGUUGGCUAUAUCUGUAAAAAGGAAAACUCUGCACUGGGUCCUUUCAUUCUUCCAUCAGGGGAUGCAGAGCCUGUUCAAUGCCCAGGAGGAUGGCUGCCCUAUGGAGCUCACUGUUUCACGGUUCGCAGAGACCCCAGAGUAUGGAGAGAAGCCCGAAUUUCCUGCAAUGAGAGCAGUGGCAAUCUGGCCAGUAUCCACAACUCCGAGGAGCAUGGCUUCAUACUGUCUCAGCUUGGCUACAAAGCUGUGGAUGAGCUGUGGAUUGGUCUGAAUGACCUCAACACUCAAAUGUACUUUGAGUGGAGUGAUGGGACUCCUGUGACUUAUACCAAAUGGUUGCCUGGAGAACCAACCCAUGCAAUCAAUGGGCAAGAAGAUUGUGUCAUUAUGGCAGGAGAGGAUGGAUACUGGGCAGACGGUGCCUGUGAUAGAAAGUUAGGUUACAUCUGCAGAAGAGACCCGCUACAAGGAGUUUCUGGGACAGCAAAGACUGAUCCUGCCUGCCUGAAGGGCUGGGAAAGACAUGGUUUUUACUGCUACCUGGUUGGACAUUCCUCUGUCACGUUUUCCGAAGCAAAGAAAACCUGUGAACGGAGCAGUUCUUACUUAACAAGUAUAGGAGACAGAUAUGAGCAAGCCUACCUGACCAGCCUUGUUGGUCUGAGGUCUGAGAAGUAUUUUUGGAUUGGUCUCUCAGACAUGGAAGAGCAAGGGAUCUUCAAGUGGGUGACUGGUGAAGGUGUUCUGUACACAAACUGGAACGCAGCAAUGCCUGGGAAUGAAGCCGGUUGUGUUGCCCUAAGGACUGGAAAUGCAGCUGGACUAUGGGAUGUUCAGAACUGUGAAGUAAAGGCAAAAUUUCUCUGCAAAAAACUAGCUGAAAAAAUCAGUCUUCCUCUUGCUCCUGAAACCAUUUCUGAUUCCAAAUGUCCCUUAGGUUGGGACACAAGCAAUAGCACUAAUUCAUGCUUCAGAAUUUUCGUGAGAGAAGAAAAAAAAAAGAAGACAUGGUUUGAAGCCCGAGAUUUCUGCAGAGAAAUAGGAGGAGACCUGGCUGCCAUUAGAAGUGAAGAAGAGCAAACAAUAAUAGAAAACUUAAUAAUAAAAAAAGUCCCAUCUUCUCAGCCUUUCUGGAUAGGUUUGCAGUGUUUGGAUCCUGACGGUGGGCUUUCCUGGAGUGACGGAUCCCCGGUGAAUUAUAAGAAAAAUCAUUAUUUUUACAAUACUGCAUUUGAAUACUGUGGAGCAAUCAAUGAAGACAGUUCCAUGUCAUGGAUUAAGGUGCACUGCGAAUACAGUCAUAACUGGAUUUGUGAAAUAAAGAAAG